AUGCUCCACGAGAUCCUCCUCUCUCUGUCCGGCCAGCCAUCCCCACUCUUCCGUCCCGAAAAGGAGCAAGAUGCCCGUGUUCAAGAUGACUUUGCCCUUCUCUCACCUCCGGAAAAAGCCCUCCUCGCCAACGUUGCCCAUCUGAGCCAGCUCCACGCGCAGCUCCGAACCCAUUCCUCGGAAAUCUCCUCUGGUCAUCGAUCGGUGGUUUGUCGUGCAGUUACCACGGCGAUUGUGGCAUACCAUCUGGAUCAAUUCCAGCAAAAGAUUAUAGAUGUCGAGGCGGCGAUCCUCGCCGAGGACAGUGGCUAUGUCGGAGGCUACGGCAUUGUCCCUUUGUCGAUUAUUGUUGGUGAAUUUACCCCGUGGGUACGGCGCAUGGAGUGGCUCUGGGAUCUGGUUCAAUUUAUCCAGCCCGAGCUCAAGCGUGCCGGUCGUUCCCAUGGCUGUACGGGGGCAGCUCUGAUCGAUCAUCUGCGGGCGGAGUGCCAAACUGGAUAUCUUGAUAUUAAAGAGAUGGCAGAACAUUUGGUCACAGCAGCAGAAACGGCAUGGAUGAAACAGCUGUCGAUGUGGCUUCUCUAUGGGAAUCUCCCCAUGUAUGGCAAGCUUGAUUUUUUCAUCCAGGAGGACCGAGAUAGCGAGGACGACAAUACGCAAUUCACCCUCCAUACCGAUUUGCUUCCCAAAUUUGUGACGGCGCAGACAGCCAGUUCGAUUCUCUUCGUGGGGAAAUCCCUCAACCACAUCCGGGCCAAGCGAAAACUCACGGCCGGCGUCUCUAUGGCUCCGGUGUCCUUGUAUGAAGAACACAUGGGUCAACUGGCUGGCUUGACCUCGCCAAUCUCAUCAUUGAAAUUUUCCACUGCAGUUGACUCGAUUCGCAUUUCAUUGUCGCAGUCGACACUAUCGAAACUACUGCCGCUGCCCAAGAUCCUGGAGACCCUGACAUUGCUUCAUGAUUUUCUUCUAUUGGGGCGAGGUGAAUUUGCCAUUGCGCUGGUAUCGCAUGCCGAUUCCUGGGUCGAAGAAAGCCGACGGCGUGGGUCGGUAUCCCGAAACAAUGUGUCUGGCAGACUCGAUAGCAUGGCCAUUAAAGAAGGGGAUGUCAUGACGGCAUUGGCCCAAGCAUGGUCAGAGCUCUUUUCGCUACAGAAGGAGGAAGACCCGGGAGAUGAGGAGCUGGAGCUUGCUCGCGAUCUCCUUCGCCUGACGAUCAGCCACCCCAAGGGCGGGCGUGCGAUGACUCCGUCCCAGGGAUCGAGUUCCGUGGCUGAGAUAUCGCGAGUUUUGUUCGACGAUCUCCUGUUCCCUACACCUACAAACCUGACUGCGCAGGUUCGCGCACCCCUCGACCUCUUUCUCUCCAGCUCCGACAUCGCCAUCUACUCCAAGAUCCACUCCUAUCUGCUGGGGAUUCGGCGGGCCCAGAUCCGCCUUGGGGAUCUCUGGAAGCGGACUUCGCUACGGAGGAACCACCCUACCCCAUGGGGACCUCCGCGAAGCAACUCCGCUUUUGGCCAAAACAAGCUGCAGGCCGGCCGAGAGCGAGACAAUGUCCGCAUUCAGCAGAUGCGACCGAUCUGGGCCACCGGCAGUGCCUGUUUAUUUGUGCUCUCCGAGAUUGGCAGUUUCUUCCAAGGAGAGGUAGUCAACGAGUCCUGGCAACAUCUCCGCGAGUGGAUUGAAGGAGACACUUCAUCCACAGCCUCAUCGUCCGAAUCUCGGCCUGGGACUGCGACCUCAUCCAAGCCAUCCCGCACCCCAGGGGCGAAGUCGCCCGACCAGAGAUCUGCGCAGCAGACAUUCCCCCCUGGCGCGCCGUCCAUGGCACGGCAUGACCCCGAGGCCCUCACUGUGGCGCAUCGCCGCUACCUGGCGUCGCUGGUCCAGUCACUGUUCCUGACCGACGUACCCUUCACCAGCACCCUCCGAGCUCAGCUGGCGAACAUCGACCGGUUCGUUGCUCUCACGAUCCGACUGGAGUCCAUCCAACGGAACAUGGACUUGGAGACGGACGAGGGAGUCGUGGAUGCCUUGGUCGACUACGCCCAGGAAGAGCGAGAAGUGUGGCAUGAGCUGCGGGCGACCCGCGAUGCGAUGGAGACCGGGAUUCGGGAUCUUGUGGGCAGCCUGCGCGACAUGGACGACCAUCGGUCGGGGGAAGGCCGACCGGUGGACUUCGCCACGAACGGCGCAAUGGGGCCGAGUGCCCGGGGUGGCCUGGGGUUCAACCACUACGAGCCGCGCCAGGCUGCGGGUGUGGACCGACUGCUUAUGAAACUGGACUUUUGGCAACCUCCGCAAUAA